AUGGAUAAUUAAUUAGGCAUCGGAGCAUUUAAGUUUCAAUCAUUAGUUUCUAGAGAGAUGAGAUCAUCAAAAGACAUUAUCAACAGCAGGUCUCAAAUCAGAAUCGAUCACAGGCUCUCUCUCAUCGAAAAAAGUAAAUAACAAUUAAAACCUCCCAGGAAAACCAAAAUAAAUUAAGCAUCUAGAAGUUCUAAUAGAUAAAAUGCUUAAAUAUUAGGUGACAGACAAGCCUAAUAAUUCGAAUUCAAUGUCUCCUCGUCUAGUAGUUCUACAAGCUCUGAAGGCAUUGGUGAAAAGGAUGAUUAAAAUCGUGCAAUACGUUCAAUCAAAAAACUAGGCAUGAAUAUCUUUACUCCUCAACCCUCUCCCUAAAAGCAUGUUCCCACUUAAAGAAGCUAACCAAGACCUUAAAAAAAAGAAAUUCAGUUUUUACGUAGCUUAUGUCAAAAUUCAGAAUUAACAAAUAAUAGUCUAGUGAAAUUGGAUGAAUAUAAAAUAGACAAAGAAAUAUAUGUGGAUAUAGAUUGCAAAGAUAUAACUACAUUUCUCAGAUUACAACAUGAAGUGGAGGAAAUGAGAAGAAAAUAAACUGAUUUUCACCUUUAAAAAUAGAGGCAUUUUGAAGUUUUGGUAAAGAAAGAUCCAAAAAAAGCAUAAAAUUCCUAACAUGAGGAUUUUUGGACUAUUAUGAUGGCAAAAAGAACUGCUAAAAAACUCAUUAAAAAUAUGAAUCGGAAACACAAUAUUCCAAAUGAAGAAAAAAGGGUCCUAAGCAAAAGUAUUCAUGCUUUGUGA